UCUCUCUCUCUCUCCCAUUGAAAUUUUUGUUAAACACAUUUCAUGCUUUGAGAGAUCACUACUCCUUUCACAUUUGGUCUUAGUCCAAACCCCUUUUUAAAUGCCUAGUCCAUUGCCAAUUGCCACCUGAUCUCUUUUACAAAUAUAAACAUCACAAAACUAUAUCUACUUGUAUUUAUCCCCUUUGCCCCAUUUCUUUCUCUCAAUUUAUGGACAAAGGAGGAGCAAGACUCUCCUUUGAUACUGCUGAUGCAACUGCCACUACUGCUUUCCUCCAUCCCAAGCAAUCUCUUUUCGGGAUCGAUCCUUUUCGAAAAUCUUGUAAACCCUUUGCCUGGAAACAAGUUUUCAUGGAUCCUGUUGAUAACCAGCAUGUUUCUUUGGUUCAAUCAUCAUCAUCAUCAUCAGAUGGGAAACGAGUAGUCAACGAGAUGGACUUUUUCGCCAAUAAUCGAUCUUCUACAACACAAGUCAAGGCUGAUGAUGAUCAUGUGAAGAUGGAAAGUGAACAUCAUGGAUUGGUGCAAGAGAAUAAUGAACCAGAAGCAGAUAUAAAUACUGGUUUAAAUCUCUUGACAACUAAUACUGCAAGUGAGAAAUCAGUUCGUGAUCAUAGGAUAAUUACAUCACAGAAUCAGAAAGAGAAACAAAGAGCAAAUCAGUUAGAAGAUGUUCGAGCUGAACUGGAACGAAUAAACGAAGAAAAUCAACGUCUGAGAGUUACUCUAAAUCAGAUGAAUAGUAACUACUACGCUUUACAGAUGCAUCUUGGUUCAUUGAUGCAACGACAACGAAAUCUAAGAUCAGCUGAAGGUUCAGAAGCGAAUACUGAGAUGAAUAGCGCAAUAGAAGAGAAAAGGCAUGGAGUAGCUAUUGUUGCAAGGCAAUUCAUGGAUCUGGGACAAGCUGCAAAGGCUGAAAAAGAUGAGCUUUCAGAAUCUUCUUCAGAGGGUAGAUUCCAGGAAUUGUCAGGACCGCCUGGGAAUUCCAUUAUUGAGUCUAUGGAAAGAAGACAAAAAAACAGUGGUAAAAAUGAAAUAAUCCCACGCGAUAUUCCAAGCAGGAAAGAUUUAAUGGACCCUGGAAGAAAUCAGAGAGAAGAUACCCCUGAAGGCCGAUCUCAUCAAGGAUGGUUAUCUCACAAAGUUGCCAAGUUCAAUACCUCAAGGGAUGUUGAAAAAGCACAAGAGACCACGGCCAUGAUUAGAAAAGCUCGUGUCUCAGUUCGAGCUCGAUCUGAAGCGUCAAUGAUUUCUGAUGGUUGUCAAUGGAGAAAAUAUGGGCAGAAGAUGGCAAAAGGAAACCCUUGCCCUCGAGCUUACUACCGCUGCACCAUGGCUACUGGUUGUUCGGUUCGCAAACAAGUGCAAAGGUGUGCAGAUGAUCGAACCAUCCUUGUUACAACAUAUGAAGGUAAUCAUAACCAUCCACUCCCUCCCGCUGCCAUGGCAAUGGCAUCAACUACAUCAGCAGCAGCAUCAAUGCUACUUUCCGGAUCAAUGCCUAGUGCAGAUGGGAUAAUGAACUCGAACAUCCUCCCAAAAGGAAUGCUCCCUUGCUCACCAAAUUUGAUCACUCUUUCAGCUUCAGCUCCAUUUCCUUCUGUUACAUUGGACCUUACUUACUCCGGCCCUAAUCAUAGGCCAUUGAACCAAAUUCAUCCCCCUCCUCCAAAUUGGUCUCACAACAUUUCAAGUUUGCCUCACCUGCUUGGCCACCCCAUUUAUAACCAACCAAAAGUUUUGGGUACUCUUUUUACCUCUCAGGGAACUGAACAUCCCCAUUUAGCUCAAAAUCAAAUGCAGCCACAUUCCAUGGCUGAUUCCGCCGCCACAGCUGCCGCCAUCACUGAUCCCAACUUCACUGCAGCUCUAGUAGCAGCCAUUACUUCCAUUAUAGGCAAUUCUCAGAGAGACAUCAGUGGUAAUAAUAACAAUAGCACAAGUUCAAGAAACAACGGAGACAACAACAAUACUUAA